CUGAACUAAAAUCCGUUUGACAUACACAGUCUGAGAUCCGAACUAAAUAGAUAGAAAUUACUGAGAACUGAAAGUAGAUAAGCCGAUUUCGCCGGCGCCGGAGAGCAGAUUCACCGGCGAAUCAAAUUCCCCGUUGCUGUUAAGAUGGUUGUGAAUAUUAGCAGGAAGCUAUCAAGGAAAGAGAAGAGAACAUAAAUCAAUUAUGGUUUUCUCUAUGGUGAUGAGCUGUUCACCUAGUUUAUUUCUUCCAAGGAGCCGCAUGGUUAUGCAGAAAACAAUCCGGUGCUCUUCUUCUGUUUCGACAGCGUCUGAGUCCAUCAAGUUUGAUCUUAAGACCUAUUGGACAACUCUAAUUAGUGAUAUCAACCAGAAACUUGAUGAGGCGGUUCCAGUUAAGUACCCAAAUCAGAUUUAUGAGGCAAUGCGCUACUCUGUCCUAGCCAAGGGUACCAAAAGGUCCCCACCCAUCAUGUGUGUCGCAGCUUGUGAGCUUUUCGGUGGAAAUCGGCUUGCUGCCUUUCCCACUGCCUGUGCCUUAGAGAUGGUUCAUGCUGCUUCAUUGAUUCAUGAUGAUUUGCCCUGCAUGGAUGAUGACACAACUCGACGAGGUCUGCCUGCAAAUCACACAGUUUUCGGUGUAGAUAUGGCAAUUUUAGCCGGAGAUGCCUUGUUCCCUCUUGGUUUCCAGCAUAUUGUGUCCCAUACUCCAAGUGAUCUAGUUCCCGAGGAUCGAGUCCUCAGGGUCAUUACAGAGAUUGCUCGAGCUGUGGGGUCCACUGGCAUGGCUGCUGGCCAGUUCCUUGACCUUGAGGGUGGACCAAAUGCUAUUGAUUUUGUUCAAGAGAAGAAAUAUGGUGAAAUGGGUGAGUGCUCUGCCGUUUGUGGAGCUCUCUUGGCUGGUGCUUCAGAUGAGGAGAUCCAACACAUGAGAAAAUAUGGUCGAGCUGUUGGUGUCUUAUAUCGGGUUGUUGACGAUAUAUUGGACGCAAAGAAGACAGAGGACAAAACCGAGGGGAAGAAAAAGAAAGGCAAAAGCUAUGUCAGCGUUUAUGGCAUUGAGAAGGCUGUGAAAGUUGCUGAGGAUCUUAGAGCGCAGGCUAAGAGAGAGUUAGAUGGUCUCGAGAAAUACGGCGAUAAAGUCAUGCCACUUUACAGUUUUCUUGAUUAUGCUGCAGAUAGAGGUUUUAGCAUUGAAGACCAAGUCUAGAUCAAUAUUUAGCAUUGUUGUCUUGUGUUUCAUCAUGAACUAUUUAACUUUGUUGUAUGGAGAGGUCUUGUUAAUGAAGCUAUAAUUUCUAU